CUCAAGCCAUAAUUUGAUUAAUUUCAAGUAGCUAUUUCACUUAAACACAUCUAUUGUAUCGAACAAUUUUAAGGAGAGUCGUCAUGGUGAAUUCCUUUGUUUCAUUAAUCACUAUUAUAGCAAUAUUAGUAGUUCUUAUUAAAGGAGAUUCUGAAAACUGUUAUGUUUGUGAAAUAGCAAUAAGUGAUGUGUAUGUAAUUCCUUGCAGACACGACCUUUGUUCUUCUUGUGCCAAUAGAUUAAAAAAUGGAAAUUCAUCGUGUAAAUGCGAAAAAGGAAUUAAAACUAUAGUGCAAAGGACGCCAGAAUCAAUUUUAAAGAAAAAUGAUGUUGAAGAAGAUUGUGGGAUUUGUAUGACAAAAGAAGCUGAUGUAAUGAUUGUACCAUGUGGACAUUUUUUUUGUGGACAUUGUAUUGUUGAAUUGCAUAAUAGACAUUUUCAAUGUCCAGUAUGUAGAAGUGAUAUGGAAUCAUAUAAGGGACUAGAUGCUGAACAAACACAACAACUUUUAAUAUUUAAUAAUGAUGAAAAUAAUUUUGAUGAUACAUUUGAUCGAUCAUCUGUAACUAAUGAUGAAGUUUUAAGCAGUAUGACAAGAGUGUAUUUAGAACAAUUAAGAUUAAGAUCCAGUUCGGAGAGUAAUGAUAGUUAUUCUAUUGAACAGAUAACAGAAUUAUUCCAAGAUGCUGUUUUAGAAAUUCAUGGCAGUGAAUCCGUUGAAUUUUCAUCGUCGGGGAGCAAUGAAUUUUCUUCGAGUGAUAAUGAAAUUAUACAAGCUUUAGAAAUGAAUAAUAAUGAAACCGUUGAUUUCUCAUCGCCGGAGAGCACUGAUUUUUUUCCUUAUGAAAACAAUACAUCACCAGGACGAUAAUAUAAAAGUCAACAUUUAAUUAAAAUAUUCAACUCUGCUAUAUAUAUUUAAAAAAUUAUUGUGAUAAAUAUAUUCUAAUACAUCAA